AUGGUACAGUAUAAUUUCAAGCGGAUCACGGUGGUCCCCACCGCCAAGGACUUUGUCGACAUCGUUCUGUCCAAAACGCAGCGCGGCACGCCGACGGUGAUCCACAAGGGCAGCGCCGUUAACAGAAUCCGUCAGUUUUACAUGCGCAAAGUCAAGUUCACGCAACAGACGUUCCACGACAAGCUCACGACGAUUCUCGACGACUUUCCACGGCUCGAGGAGAUUCAUCCGUUCUAUGGCGACCUCCUUAACGUCCUCUACGAUAAGGACCAUUACAAACUCGCGCUUGGACAGGUGAACGUGGCGCGCGGAAUCAUCGACCGCAUUACCAAGGAGUACGUGCGCCUGCUCAAGUAUGGCGACUCGCUGUACCGUUGCAAGCAGCUCAAGCGGGCCGCGCUCGGCCGCAUGUGCACGCUCAUGCGCAAGCAGGGCCCGUCGCUCGCGUACCUCGAGCAGGUCCGGCAGCACAUGUCGCGUCUGCCGUCCAUCGACCCCAACACGCGCACCAUCCUGGUGUGCGGGUAUCCCAACGUGGGCAAGAGCUCGUUUGUGAACAAGGUGACGCGCGCUGACGUGGAGGUGCAGCCGUACGCCUUCACCACCAAGUCGCUGUUUGUUGGGCAUACUGACUACAAAUAUUUGCGCUGGCAGGUGAUCGACACCCCUGGUAUCCUGGACCAUCCCUUGGAGGAGCGCAACACCAUUGAGAUGCUCGCCGUGACAGCGCUGGCGCAUCUGAGGGCCGCCGUGCUGUUUGUGGUGGACGCGUCUGGCAGCUGUGGGUACACUCUGGAGCAGCAGUCAGCGCUGUUCAACUCCAUCAAGCCCCUCUUCCUGAACAAGCCGCUGAUGGUGGUGUGCAACAAGGUGGACUUGCAGCCGCUGGAAACGCUCUCGGAAGCUGACAGGAAGAUUCUACAAGACAUGGCGGCUGAAGCCGCCCGGUGCGGAGGCCCCGGCAUCGCUCCUCCUGCUGCUGCAGCUGAGGGAGGGGAGGGGGCGAUGGAGGCGGUGAUGGGUGACGGUGAUGGCGCGGGAUGUCUGCUGACCAUGAGCACCAUGACUGAUGUCAAUGUGGCUGCUGUCAAGAACGCUGCUUGUGAACGACUGCUGCAGAUGCGUGUUGAGGCCAAGAUGCGAAGCAAGAGGGUCGAAGAUGUGGCAAACCGGAUCCACGUAGCCAUGCCGCGCCCGCGAGACAACAAACCCCGGCCGCCAGUCAUCCCGCAAGCAGUUCUCGACCGGCAGGCCAAGGGCAUCAAGCCGUCCGAAGGCCGCAAGCUGGAGAAGGAUUACCAAGAGGAGAUGGGCGGCGCGGGCGCCUACGUGGCGGACCACACGCGGCCGUACCUAUUGGGCGACGACACGUGGCGGCACGACGUGGUGCCGGAGAUCAUGGACGGGAAGAACAUUGCUGAUUUCGUGGAUGCGGAUAUUCUGGCGCGGCUGGAGGAGCUGGAGCGGGAGGAGUGGGAGAUGGAGCAGCAGGCGGAGGGCGUGGGCGAGGGCGAGUGGGGCGAAGCUAUGGACGAUGAAGAGGAGGACCUGGCACCGGAAGAGGCUGAAGCACUGGCUGCUAUCAGGUUGAAGAAGAAGCGCCUAAUCACACAUCGCCAUCGCCAGCGCAGCGUGACGGAUUCCCGACCAAUCCUGCCGCGCCACGCGGACACGGGCCGGCAGUUCACAGCAGAGCGCAUGCGGCAGGAGCUCUCCUCCAUCGGCCUCGACCCCUCCGCUGCCCUCGCGCGCAUCAAGGCCGGCAAGACCGGGGAGGGCGGGGACGUUAGUGGUGGUGGCACGGUGGCCAAGGGGAGGAAGAGGAGCAGGUCAAUGGCACGAGAUGGGAUGGAGGUGGAUGGGGAGGAGGGGAGGGGGAGACGGGGGGUUUCGCGGGGCCGGGAAGGGAAGCGGGACGGGAGGGAAGGGAGGGAGGAAGGGGAGGAGGGGAUGGAGUUGGAUGAAGGGAACGAGGAGAGGCUGAGGAAGAGAAUCCGGCACAUGUCACGGUCCCGGUCGCAGUCGCUGGGGAGGAUAGGCGGGACGGCGUCGGCGCUGGCUGCAGAGGCGGUGCCUGGGGAGGGGUUCAGAGAUACGGAGCAGAAGGUGGGCGCGAUUCAGCUGGCACGGAAGCAUGCGAAGAAGCGGAACGUGCAGAGCAAGAAGGGCGAGGCGGACCGCACGAUUGUGAACGUGCGACCCAAGCAUCUGUUCGCGGGGAAGAGAGGCAUUGGGAAGACCGAUCGGCGGUAG